CUCCGUAGUAAGCUGGCCGUAGCCUUGAGGCGUAGUGCCGUGGGAGGUCAAUGGGGGACGUGCUCGGUUGAAAAACCGCGCACGUGAAGGUCGAGGAGAGCAGGAUAUUUUCAUUUAAUUGUUAAAUGUGGCCUUAAAACGGGUCGGGACAGGAAAAGCGAAAUGUAUCCGGUCGGACAACCUGGUCAGCCUGGGCAGGUGGCGCAGCCCGGGCCUGGCUCGGUGGGACCGCCGACCGGAAUGACGCCUGUCACGCUGCUGCAGGCAGCUGGAACCACCGCGGUCGCGCCAACCGCACCCCCUGCCCUCGUGGCCGACAUCCCCUGUGUGGCUGCCAAUCUUCCAGUUUUCACGGCGCCGCGCCGGCCUAACCUGGGCCGCGAGGGCCGCAUCAUCCAGCUGAGGGCCAACCACUUCCAAAUCUCGAUGCCGCGCGGCUUCGUGCACCACUACGUCAUCAGCAUCCAGCCGGACAAGUGCCCGCGCAAGGUCAACAGAGACAUCAUCGAGACGAUGGUCACAUCGUAUGCCAAGAUCUUCAGCACGAUGAAGCCGGUAUUCGACGGCCGGAGCAGCAUGUACACGCGCGAUCCGCUGCCCAUCGGCAAGGAAAAGGUGGACCUGGAGGUGACGCUGCCCGGCGAGGGCAAGGAUCGCGUCUUCCACGUUUCGAUCCGCUGGGAGGCGCAGGUGUCGCUGUACCAGCUGGAGGAGGCGCUGGAGGGUCGCCAGCGCGCCAUCCCUCCCGAAGCCGUCCAGGCACUGGACGUGGUCAUGCGUCACCUGCCGUCCAUGAAGUACACGCCAGUGGGCCGCUCGUUCUUCUCGGCGCCCGAGGGCUACUACCACCCGCUGGGCGGUGGCCGCGAGGUGUGGUUCGGCUUCCACCAGUCGGUCCGGCCCAGCCAGUGGAAGAUGAUGCUCAACAUUGACGUGUCUGCCACGGCCUUCUACAAGUCUCAGGCAGUGAUCGAGUUCAUGUGCGAGGUGCUCGACAUCCGCGAGGUCAGCGAGCAGCGCAAGCCGCUCACCGACUCGCAGCGCGUCAAGUUCACCAAGGAGAUCCGCGGCCUCAAGAUCGAGAUCACGCACUGCGGCUCCAUGCGGCGCAAGUACCGUGUCUGCAACGUCACGCGCCGGCCGGCGCAGAUGCAGUCGUUCCCGCUGCAGCUGGAGAACGGCCAGACGGUGGAGUGCACGGUGGCCAAGUACUUCCUGGACAAAUACCGGAUGAAGCUGCGCUUCCCUCACCUGCCCUGCUUGCAGGUUGGCCAGGAGCACAAGCACACCUACUUGCCACUAGAGGUGUGCACGAUCGUGGCCGGCCAGCGCUGCAUCAAGAAGCUGACCGACAUGCAGACGUCCACCAUGAUCAAGGCGACGGCGCGCUCGGCGCCGGACCGCGAGCGCGAGAUCAACACGCUCAUCCGCAAGGUGUGGGCCGACUUCAACACGGACCCGUACGUGCAGGAGUUCGGCCUCAACAUCGAGCAGAAGAUGAUGGACGUGCGCGGCCGCGUGCUGCCGCCGCCCCGGCUCCAGUACGGCGGACGGACGAAGCAGCAGGCGGUGCCGAACGGCGGCGUCUGGGACAUGCGCGGCAAGCAGUUCUACAGCGGCGUCGAGAUCCGCGUCUGGGCCAUCGCCUGCUUCGCGCCGCAGCGCACCGUCAGCGAGAACGCGCUGCGCAACUUCACACAGCAGCUGCAGAAGAUCUCCACCGACGCCGGCAUGCCCAUCAUCGGACAGCCGUGCUUCUGCAAGUACGCCACCGGCCCAGAUCAGGUGCAGCCCAUGUUCAGUUACCUGAAGAACAACUUCCAGGGCCUGCAGCUGGUGGUGGUGGUGCUGCCUGGCAAGACGCCCGUCUACGCCGAGGUGAAGCGAGUGGGAGACACGGUGCUGGGUCUCGCCACCCAGUGCGUGCAGGCCAAGAACGUGAACAAGACGUCACCGCAGACGCUCUCCAACCUCUGCCUCAAGAUCAACGUCAAACUGGGUGGCGUCAACAGCAUCCUAGUGCCCAGCAUCCGACCCAAGGUGUUCAACGAGCCGGUGAUCUUCCUGGGCGCCGACGUGACGCACCCGCCGGCCGGCGACAACAAGAAGCCGUCGAUCGCGGCCGUGGUCGGCUCGAUGGACGGCCACCCGUCCCGGUACGCGGCCACCGUGCGCGUCCAGCAGCACCGCCAGGAGAUAAUCCAGGAGCUGAGCUACAUGGUGCGCGAACUGCUCGUGCAGUUCUUCAAAUCGACCCGCUUCAAGCCCAACCGGAUCAUCAUGUACCGGGACGGCGUGUCCGAGGGCCAGUUCCAGCCGGUGCUGCAGCACGAGCUGACGGCCAUCCGCGAGGCCUGCAUGAAGCUGGAGCUCGACUACAAGCCGGGCAUCACGUUCAUCGUGGUGCAGAAGCGCCACCACACGCGCCUCUUUUGCUCCGACAAGAAGGAGCAGAGCGGCAAGAGCGGCAACAUUCCGGCCGGCACCACCGUCGACUCUCACAUCACGCAUCCGACCGAGUUCGACUUCUACCUCUGCUCUCACCAGGGCAUCCAGGGCACAUCGCGUCCCAGUCACUACCACGUGCUGUGGGACGACAACCGGUUCGACUCUGACGAACUGCAGCAGCUGACCUACCAACUGUGCCACACAUACGUGCGCUGUACCCGCUCCGUCAGCAUCCCGGCGCCGGCUUACUACGCCCACCUCGUGGCCUUCCGCGCGCGGCACCACCUCGUGGAGAAGGAGCACGACAGCGACCCGACGUACCACUCGUCAUGCUCGGGUGAGGGCUCGCACCUGUCGGGCAACUCGGACGACCGCACGCCGUCGGCCAUGGCGCGCGCCGUCACCGUCCACCAGGACACCAACCAGGUCAUGUACUUCGCCUGAGCGCCGUCGCCGCCGCCGCCGCCGCCGUGCAGAAGACGCUGGAGCUGCGGGGGAGCCCGUGAAGCCGGGUGACGGCUGGUGUCGGCCGCGCGAAGUGACCCGUGUCGGUGUCCUGUGGGCGGGGAGGGCUUACUGGCCGUGGCGUGAGCGACGGUACCCCGUGGAGGUCGCGCUCAGUCAGCAAAUCUUACGCUUUCGACUUUUUAGACGUGACGACUUUGCAGUGUACGUUUCUUGUUGUGUGACUAAAAUCGCAUCGAUCGCCGGGCAGGGUGAUGCCGCGUCACGCGCCGCUAGUCAUGCCACCCGUGGCGGGCGUGGCCCGGCGUCCCGGCACUGCCACUGCCCGGCGUCCCGCCGCCCCACGGUGGGCCACUUCCGUGCGCCAACUUCCGCCUCGGCGCGUGCCUGCGCCCGUGUGUGUCUGUGUCCGUAUGCCGGCGUGGUGUGCGUGCGUGGGCGGUGUUGGGCGCACGGCCGGCGCCCUGCGGGACGUCGCGACCGACGCCCGGCGGCCGCGGGCCGACAUCUCGUCGAACCAUGGCUUUACCGGCCCAGCGGGCCGCGUCCAGCGCCGCCGCGUGUCGUAUUUAUGUAACCAGGGCUCAACGGCGGCGCGCCACCUCCCGUCCCGCGCACCUCGCGCCUUUCUCCUAAGCUUCUCCACCUCACACGCGCAAGCUCCGGGGGCAGGCCGCCAGCCGGCCCGCGCGGGCGGCCGGGUGUUUUGUGCUUCUAUCCAUUCCGUGUCUGACGCCUGUCGCCCGCUAUUUGUCCGCCCCGCGCGCCGUACGGCCGCCGCCGCCGGCCCCUCGCCGGGUCAGACGUCCGGACUGGGACCGCACACCACACCAUAGCCUUUCGAUGGGAAGUGUACGCUCUUACUGCCAACGUCCGGCUUCUGACCUGGCUUCCCAACUCGCUCCCUCUCUUUCUCUGUACUUUGUAGCUUUUCCCCUCCUGCUUUGCCCACCCACUGUGCUCCACUCGAUUGCCUCCGGUUGGCGUUUGCACGUGGCGCGUCGCCUGUUGCUGCAGUACCCUCCGCUGCCGACACCUCCGCCGGAUCUUGCAGCCAACACUGAUACCAUAAUGGGAUAGCACGUUGUGCGUUUGAUCUUUCUGUGGGCGCCAGUAGGCUUUGCCAUUUCGGUCGGCUCUGGGGUUUCAUGGCGAACCAAAGACGGGACUCUUCCCGCGUUUUGUACGGUAUGCUUUGGGCCUUUUCGUAAGAUAUGGACGUUGGAUGCUGCUGGGGUGAGUGUUAUACAUAAUGUGCGCGUUUUUAAUACGAACUAUACGCCCUGCCAUUCUGCUAACAAUGGGUCUGGCUUUCCUUUUGGGAGCGUAGGAGCAUCGCUCGUUGUCGCUAUGUCCAUGGGUGUCGUUCCGGCUUUGGCGCGACCGCGCUGUACGUAGGACCAUUUUUAGCAUUGAUUAGCAUUGACUGCGGUGUGGCGGCCGCGGCCAGCCACUGUCAGUGUGUGUGUAGAGCAUCUGAUUGGCUGACAUGCGCGCCGCUCGUGUCGCGAGCUUUGUCGUGGGCCGCCGCCACAACACUGCGUGCGUGUGAGGGUGUGUGUAGUGGUUGUUGUUUAGUUGCGUAUCUGGCGCGCCGGCGGGCGGAAAGCCGCGCCGCGCCGGACUGUCCGCGUUAUGCGCCGUCCGUCGACACCACAACGUACCUGUACAGAGUGCGGCCGCUGUCCUCUGCCGCCGCCGCCGCCAAUCGCGUACCGAGGGUUGCGAGCGCCGCGGCGCCGACGGCGCGUGUGUGAGCUGCGCCCCAGCCGGCGGCGCCGCUGCGUCUCGCUCGUAGUGGCCUGUGUGGGCCGGCGCGGCGUAGUGCGCGUGUCUGGUGCGCGCCCCGGCAGCCCGGCAGACGCUCGCCGCCGUCGAGCCGCGGACAUAUCAGCAGCCGUCUCAGCACAUAUCCUGCAGUAAUAUCUCGCCCGCCGCGAGAGAAAGGCAAUAGUUGUUUCGGUCGGCAGGCGGGCCGUUCCGGCAGACGCCGGACGCCGGCCGGCCGGCCGCAGUCCACGCCAGUCCCGACCUGUUCCGAUCUCAUUGACAUAUCGCUGGACGGCGCCCUGAGACGGUGCGUGGAGAGGCGGCCGUUGUUCCGGCCAGCGGCUGCCGGGGCCAGCACGGUAGAGUGGCACUCGCUGUAGUCCAGCUCAAUAAACGGCAUAGAGCCGAG